UUGAAAUGGGUUUAGUUCGUAAUCAUUGCUGGCUUUUGGCCCUGUGUGUGGUAUUCUAUGCAGAAUCUUGCAGUGGCUACUUGGCUUUUACGCCCUCCAGCACGCAUGGCGUCUUCGCCGCAUUGGCCGUGCCGCUGGAGCUGCCGCAUCGCAACGUGUUUGUUUCGUAUAACUUUGAGGCUAACUAUAACUCGCCCUACAACUGGAGUCUGCCAACGUUAUUUCAAAAUGGUCCCAUCGAGUCUGAGGAACUGGAGCUGUCUCGCAAGGCAACAAUGCUAGAGCAGUCUGAUGCGGAGGGCAGCGGUUCAGAGGAGGAAGAAGCUACUUCAAUGCCCAAGCGCGAGAGACGCGCGCUGCUAACACGCAGCAAUAUUUAUCAUAUACUAAUGGAUAAAUUUAAGAGAAGCGGCUUCUCUGGCGAGUCCUGUUUGCUGCGCUUGAUCUGCGAGACCAAUGCUGCUGAGCUGGGCGAGCUGAAUGGCGUGCUGGGCAGUCUAAUGCAUGUGCUCUUCAGUCCCAGCACCUCGGAGCCGGAGCAGCUGCCGCUGCAGUUCUAUCAGGCGGAGCAGGAUGGCUGGCAUGGUCAUUGCCAUCACUAUGAGGAAAGCUGUGGACACAGCUUGUUGGCGCUGAUAACGGAACCAUUUGAAGAGAUGCUCAAGCGCAUAGAAAUGUAGUUACAAAUAAAGAUUAU